CAGUAACUGGCAACGAACGACUUAUUUAAUUAUAUGUGAACCUUUUGCCUUAUAAGUGGUACAAAUAACUGUAAUACUAAUUCGGAUGAAUAAUUCGGAACACUGGGCAUCUGGUAACAAAGUCAGCAGAUCAUCAGUUCUAUGUGGAAGCCAGAAUAUUGUCAUAAGUGGAAAGAGUAUAAUAAUGACAGAUUGUGUGAUCAGAGGGGAUUUGGCGAAUGUGAGAAUUGGCCGACAUUGCGUAAUAAGCAGAAAAGCUGUCAUCAGACCGCCUUUUAAGAAAUUUAGUAAAGGAGUUGCAUUUUUUCCACUUCACAUUGGUGACCAUGUGUUUAUAGAUGAAGGUUCUAUUGUCAAUGCUGCACAAGUUGGGUCAUAUGUUCAUAUUGGAAAAAACUGUGUAAUUGGUAGGAGAUGUGUACUGAAGGAUUGCUGUGCAAUAGCAGAUAACACGGUACUGCCUCCUGAGACAGUCGUGCCUCCAUUCACCGUGUUCUCAGGAUCUCCAGGCCAUGUGUCAAGUGAGCUGCCUGAAUGCACACAGGAUCUGAUGCUGGACUUCACCAUCAACUACUACAUGAACUUUAAGCCUAUUGGAAAAGGAAAGGGAAAAUAACUCAAAGUGCAAUAAUAGCAGACUAUUACAUUAUUUAUUUAUAUUGUAUGUAUUAUAUUUUUGUGUCUCUGCAAAUCUGGAUGUAGUGGUGGUGGAUUUCAUACUUAUCUCAAAUAGAAAACAUGUACUUGCCUUUAAUUGUUUAAGACAAGUCAGUUAAGUUUCAAAUCUAGUCAAUUAAGUCAAUUAUUUACAGUA